AUGCCCGUAUUACGGCCAAUUUUAUUAAUUUUAGUGAUUUUCCUGGAAGAAUCAAAGAGUGCUAGAAUUUUAGGAAUCGCAGGUAUACCUUCUUACAGUCAUCAACUGUUUUAUCGACCGAUUUGGUUAGAGUUGGCUAAAAGAGGCCACCACUUAACCCUUCUUACUACCGAUCCUAUUGAAGAUGUUCCAAAUAAUAUUCGGCAAAUAGAUUUACAUUUUUCUUAUCAAAUCAGACAUGUAAAACACAACAUAACUAUGAAGAUGCAAGAAUAUAAUUUAGAUUAUAUUAAAGUAUGGAACUCUUACGGACGGAUGCUUGAAGAUAUAGUGGAGAAUGAGCUAAACCAUCCAGAGGUAGUAACAUUGAUAAAUAAUGAAACAGAAAAAUUUGAUUUACUUAUAAUGGAGUAUAUUCCUCAAGUAUUAAGUGCAUUCUCAGUGAGGUUCAACUGUCCAUAUAUCUCAAUAUUUUCCGCGGAAAUAGGAAAUUUCUAUCAUCAAGCUUUGGGAAACGCUUUGCAUCCAGUGCUAUAUCCAGAAACGUUUUUGCCGCAGCAAAUAAAUUUAAAUUUUCAAGAUAGAUUAAUAAGCACUUUCUACCACUUCUAUUUCUUUCUCGACCAAAUUUUUUAUGAAACGUUUAAAGAAGAUAGAUUAGUGAAAAGGCAUUUUGGAGACGGGUAUCCGCCCAUUAAUAAAAUUAUAAGGAAUGUUAGUUUGGUGUUUGUCAAUUCUCAUCCUGUUUUUAACGUAAAGCCUUUAGGGCCUGGAUUUGUCAGAAUUGGUGGAGGACUUCACAUGAAGAAAAAACAAGAAUUACCUCAGGUAAAUGAAAUUAAAGAAUUUUUGGAUAGCGCUUCAGAGGGAGCGAUUUAUUUUAGUUUGGGUACAAAUGUGAGAAGAAAUCACAUUUCUGAAGGAUUUUUAAAAAUUGCUGCCGAUGUAUUCAAAGAGCUUCCUUACAAAAUUAUUUGGAAAUUAGAUAUGGACAUAACUGAAAAAUCCAGUAAUAUAAAAAUUUUUAGAUGGCUGCCUCAACAAGACGUCUUAAGACAUAAAAACGUUAAACUCUUCAUAACCCAAUGCGGUGCCCAAUCACUGGAAGAAUCAAUUUUAGCAGAGGUUCCUCUCUUGGCCAUACCGUAUGUCAGUGAUCAAAAAAUGAAUGCACGUAAAAUUUCUGAUCGCGGACUUGGUAUUGAAAUUGAUAAGGAUACAAUGACGAAAGAGAUUUUGAAACGUUCUAUAUUGGAGGUUAUCAAAAAUGACAGUUACCGCGAGAGAGUAAGAGAAACAGCAAAUUUGUUAUUAGAUGAACCAAUGUCCAGCCUGGAAAAAGCAAUAUGGUGGACUGAAUAUGUUAUCAGACACAAAGGAGCAAGACAUUUUUGGCAUCCUAACAUCGAUUUACCACUUUAUCAGUAUCUACUUUUAGACGUGAUGGGAUUUGUCUUAAUAAUUUCAGUUGUGUCGAUUUAUUCUUUGUACAAAACAUUAAAAUUCGUGACAAGAUUAUUAUGUAAAUGGAGAAAAGCUAAAACUGAAAAACAAAAGAAUUCUUAAGAAUUAUGUUAUUUAAAAAAUGAAUUUAUUACUUCGAACAAAAAGAUUCGAACAAAAAUUUUCGAACAAAAUUCCGCGACCCACCUCAAAUUCGUACAAGCCAUAUCUUCGCACCACAAUGUGACGUGGCAUCAAUCUGCUUAAUACCAUACCUUCCUUUUAAGUAUCAAGGAUAUUCCUUGGUAUGGCUGAUCAUCAUGUUUCAAUUGAGUUAUUGAACCUAAAAAAUAACAAAUAUCAAU